AACAUUUCUGCACCGGUGUUUAGCCUACACGAGGAAGAUGUCUUAAGGAUUUUCAGUUUCCUUCCUUUGAGUGACUUGAUCCGGGUUUCUCGAGUUUGUCGAUGGUGGUACAGAUUGUCUUUCGAUCGGUUUUUGUUUAAGAACGUCGAUUUAAGGCCAUUUACCAAUCUCCUUACCGAUCCUUUAAAGAUAGAAUUGCUAUUUACGAAGCGAAUGGCUUCAAUAGUACAGUGCCUCGAUUUAAGUGGAUUUAACAUUUCGGGUGAAACUUUAAGGAUACUUGCUUCUUCUUGUAGCCAACUCCGUGUUUUAAAACUUAAGAGUGUAACUUUUACACCUGGAACAAAAGGAAAAGAUAUUUUCCCUGAAAAUCUCAAAGUUCUUGACAUCCGAUUUUCUCAAGGCCACCCGGGCGUGUACCGAGCAAUUGCAACAAGCCUCGAAAACAUCAGAAGCCUGAGACUCUGUGAUGCUUUUCUUUACACUCUACUACAAGACGGAACAUUGAAAACAACAAUUAAAAGCUUGAAAUAUUUGCGCGAGCUCGAUCUUAGUCACUGCCAUUUACUAGACGACAAUACUUUGUCUCUGUUUACUUCUUGUAGCCGGCUGGAGGCCUUAAGUGUGCGCAAAUGCUUUAUGCUUACGGGCAGUUUUGUUAACGAUUUUAUACAGUCUUGUGCUCAUCUCAAGACUUUAAUUCUAGAUGGAAUAAGUAUCAGUGACAACACUUUGCAGAACAUAAUGUGGGAUCAUUCAAACUUGGCGCAUCUGGAGUUAGGAUGCUGUCCGCUUAUCUCUUCCCGCGUGUUAAACUUGGCCUUGAAACGAAUAACAACCAUUAUCCAUUCCCUAGAGUAUUUAGGGCCCUGCUCAAAUAAGGAUAACAAAGCACCCGACGAACAAACUAUUCUUGAACUGGAAACAGGAUUAUCGAAA